AUGGCUGAAACCGGUGCAAACACUCCCGACACCGCCAACGCCACGCCCAAACCCGCCGACGCCCACGUCGAAAUCAACGACGACAUCGACGCCUCCCUCGAAGAACUCCUAAAAACCGACCCCCUCCGCGGCCUCACCGACGACGAGGUGCAUCGCCGACUAGAGGAAUUCGGCCCGAACGAGAUCCAGGAGAAGAAGACCAACCACUUGCUCAAAUUCCUGUCGUAUUUUGGAGGCGCCAUCUCGUUCUUGCUCGAGAUUGCCACGGUUGUUAGUGCUAUUGUGGGGGAUUGGAUCGAUUUUGGGAUCUUGCUUUUUGUGUUGGUUACUAAUGCUUGCAUCGGGUAUUUUGAGGAAGCCAAAGCCGAAUCAGCCCUCGAAGCGCUCAAAAACACGCUAGCCCUGAAAUGCCGCGCCGUCCGCUCCGGCCGGCUAGUCGACAUCGAAGCUAACACGCUUGUCCCCGGGGACAUCAUCAUUCUCCGCAUCGGCGACAUCGUGCCUGCCGACGCGCGGCUCCUGGGCCUCUCCGCGGCUGGGGAGGAAACUGAGUCGAAGCUGCAGAUCGACCAGUCCGCUCUCACCGGCGAGUCGUUGCCGAUCAAUAAGGGUAAAGGCCAGAUCGCGUACUCGUCAUCGACGGUCAAGCAGGGCCAGAUGCUGGCUGUUGUGGUGAAGACGGGGAUUCGGACGUAUAUUGGACGUGCGGCGAAUUUGAUCAAUGUCACGCAGGAUAUGGGGCAUUUCCAGAAGAUUAUAGGCACCAUAGGAAAUUUCUUGAUUGUUAUCACGGGGGUGCUGGUGAUCAUCAUCCUCUUCGUCAACCUAUUUUCCAAACACCAAGACUUCCUCACCGCGCUCCGUUCGGUGCUCAUCCUCACCGUAGCCGCGAUCCCAAUCGGUCUGCCCACCGUCCUCAGCGUAACCAUGGCCGUCGGCGCCAAAGAACUCGCCUCCAAAAAAGUCAUCGUGAAACGCCUCACCGCAAUCGAAGAAUUCGCCUCAGUGUCCAUUCUCUGCUCCGACAAAACCGGAACCCUCACCCUCAACCAGCUCACCUUCGACAAACCUUACCUCGCGUACAAAGGCGCAGCGACGACCGGCGACCUCCACGGGUCGGGAGAGCAGUACACCGAGGAAGAUUUGCUCAUCACGGCCUUCCUCGCGUCUGAGCACGGCACACAGGACGCGAUCGAGCUCGCUGUACGUAAAGCCGCGCGUGAACGCAUCGAGGCGUUGAAGAACCAUGAGGAGAACGAUCACCGCGUGCCGGGGUACAAGACGACGGAGUUUAUACCCUUUAACCCGAACAGCAAGUAUACGGAGGCGACGGUGCAAAAUACGGAAACUGGGGAGGAGUUUCGGUGUAUUAAGGGCGCGCCGCAGGUUGUUAUGAAUAUGUGUGGGGGGCAUGAGGAGGCGCAGGAAGCGGUUAAUGAUUUCGCCAGGCGGGGAUUGAGGGCGUUGGGGGUGGCGAGGACGGUGGAUCGGGAGAAGAAGGUGUUUGAGCUGGUGGGGAUGAUUUCGCUUUUGGAUCCGCCCCGACCCGACUCAGCCGCAACGAUCCGCGAAUGCGAGUCCCUCGGCGUCCGCGUCAAAAUGAUCACCGGCGACCAACUCAUCAUCGCGAAAGAAGUAGCCCACCGCCUCGGCAUGCAACGCACCAUCCUCGACGCGCACGCCCUCGUCGACAACCCCUCCGCGCCCGAAGAGGAACUCUCCCGCCGCGUCGAAAAAGCCGACGGGUUCGCUCAAGUCAUCCCCGAACACAAGUACCGCGUCGUCGAGCUCCUCCAAAAACGCGGAUACCUCGUCGGCAUGACGGGCGACGGCGUCAACGACGCGCCUGCACUCAAACGCGCUAAUGUGGGUAUUGCGGUGGAGGGGUGCACGGACGCGGCCCGCUCGGCGGCGGAUAUCGUCCUCCUCGCCGCGGGGCUGAGCACGAUCGUGGACGGGAUCAAGACCUCGCGCGCGAUCUUCCAACGCAUGCGCUCAUACGCUCUGUACAGGAUCGCGUCCACGAUCCAUUUCCUGAUCUUUUUCUUCAUCACCCUCCUCGUGUUCGAUUUCUCCCUCCCGGACCGCUUGAUCAUCCUCAUCGCCGUGCUCAACGACGCCGCGACGCUGGUUAUCUCCGUCGACAAUGUGCGUAUCUCACCCCGGCAUGAUAAAUGGCGGCUCGGGCAGCUUAUCACCCUCUCCUUCUUGAUCGGGUUGAUCCUUGUCGCGAUAUCAUUUGCGCAUUUCUUCAUCGCCCGCGACGUGUUUGGAGAGACCGGGAAACGGUUGCAGACGAUCAUGUACCUCAAUAUCUCGAGUUGCCCGCAUUUCGUGAUUUUCAGCACUAGGGUGCCGUCGUGGUUUUGGUUGUCGCGCCCGAGUUGGGUGUUUGCGACGGCGGUGGGUGCGACGCAGGUGUUUGCGAUGUUCAUGUCGAUUUAUGGCGUGGAUUUCUUUGAGGCGGCUCCUAUCGGCUGGGGCUGGGGCGUCUCCAUCAUCGCCAUCUCCCUAAUCUCCUUCAUGUUCAUCGACGUCGUCAAAGUCCUCGUCCUGCGCCACUGGUCCUUCGAGCUCACCGCCAAACUCUGGCCCUCGCACGCCCGCCGCUCCGAGCUGCAACGCCGGCAGAUCGAGCACGCCGAGCGCGAGCGCGUCAUGGCGCGGUAUGCGAAACUCCGCCCGUUCGUGCAUGCGAUUGGCGCGGCAAGGUAUUGGCAGGAGAAGGUUGAGGGCAAGAAGGGUGCGGGGAGGAAGAUGACGAGCGCGGAUACAGUUUUGGAGGUCGACGAGAGUAGUAUGAGCUCGGCGGAAUGA